ACGAGGUUGAAUGAAGGACAGAUGUGGAGUUUUCACGCUGUAUGCUGGCUAUUUUCAGUCUACAUGUUUGCACACAUCUGGUCCUGUGGGCGUCAGUAUCACACAGUGAUCACAGUUCACACCUGCAGUGAAGCCCCUCCCACAACAAUUCACCAAUAAAUACUGUGAAUAUUCCCAUCAUCCUACAAGAGAAGGACAAACUCCAGGAGUAGCAGCUGAAAUCUGUGUGACUGUUAAAGAUGGAGUUUAUUAAAGAGGAGAUUGAAGACAUGAGUGAUCCAGAACCAUCCAGAAUAAAACAUGAAGAUACUGAGGAACAAAUAGAUCAGAUGGAAAUAACAGAGCUAAGAGAAGAACUGAAUGAAGUAAAGAAACACUGUGACUUCAAAACUCAAGGAACAAAAGUCAGAAAGCUGCACUCCUGCUCACAGUGUGGAAAGAGUUUCAGACAAAAAGGAAGCCUUAACACACACAUGAGAAUUCACACUGGAGAGAAACCGUAUCCAUGCACUCAGUGUGAGAAGAGUUUCAUAUUUUCAUCCUUACUCAAACUUCAUCUGCGCAUUCACUCUGGAGAAAAACCAUUUAACUGUGAUCAGUGUGGUAAAGAGUUUAUUUCGUCAUCACAUCUAAAAUCACACCUGAAAGUUCAUUCAGAUGAGAAGCCUUAUGUGUGUUCUCUCUGUGGAAAGAGUUUUUCAAGACGUAACAGUUUUAAACUGCACCAGAAAACACACGAUGAAGUGAAAGAUCAUGUCUGUUUUUACUGUGGGAAGAGCUUUACUACAGCUGCCUAUCUGAAACAGCACCAAAGAAUUCAUACUGGAGAAAAACCUUACAAGUGCUCCUACUGUGACAAGAGAUUCACUCAUUAUGGACACCUGAAAUCACACGAGCGAGUUCAUACUGGAGAGAAGCCGUACUACUGUACUGAGUGUGAGAAAAGUUUCAGAGAUUCAACAGGUUUGAGACAACAUCUGCGAAUUCAUUCUGGAGAAAAACCAUUUAACUGUGAUCAGUGUGGUAAAUAUUUUAUUUCAUCAUCAAAGCUAAAGAGACACCUGAAAGUUCAUUCAGGUGAGAAGCCUUAUGUGUGUUCUCUCUGUGCAAAGAGUUUUUCAAGACUGAACUGUUUAAAACUGCACCAGAAAACACAUGAUGAAGUGAGAGAUCAUGUGUGUUGUGACUGUGGGAAGAGCUUUACUAGAGCUGAAUAUCUGAAACAGCACCAAAGAAUUCAUACUGGAGAAAAACCUUACAAGUGCUCAUAUUGUGACAAGAGUUUCACUCAGUCUGCACACCUGAAAUCACACGAGCGAAUUCAUACUGGAGAAAAGCCGUACGACUGUACUCAGUGUGGAGAGAGUUUCAGACAUUUAUCAAACAUUCAAACUCACAUGAAAAACUGUUGCAAGCGAUCAACAGUCAAUUCUAUAUCAAAUACAUGCAGGUAAAUUUUGCUAGAUAAAAUAUUG